AUGUUGAUGGAGCUGGGUGGCAAGUGGGUGGGAGCUAGUGGACAUGCUUCAAGGGUGGAAGAGCUCCUGAGGGCCUGUGAGAAAACUACCGCUCGGUUGGAUGGGAGAGUUGAUGCUGAAUCUAGUCACGUCGCAGAAGUUGCCAAGGAUAUGAUAAAGCUUGAGCAAGUGGAUAUUCAGACCCCUGAUGGGGGUCUUGUACUGGCAUCGCAGCUGAGCAUCAUGGUGAAUGCCAAUACUGAUAAGGGUAUGAUCAUAACUGGCCCCAACGGUUGUGGCAAGAGCGGUGUUCUACGUACUAUAGUAGGGCUGUGGUCUCCUGGUGGUGGUACACUACUAACUCCAUCGGCUAAGGAACUGCAUUACGUUCCAACGAAGCCGUAUAUGCCAGAAGGAACUCUAGCAGACUUGGUCACUUAUCCGCACAGGGCCGGCGCUGAUGAGACAACUCUGUCGAGAGUUGAGGAAUGCUUACAUCAUGUUCAUUUGAGCUAUCUCGUACCACGCCAGUCUGAAGGGCUACUAACUCUAGAUGAGGAUUGGGAGAAUAAGCUUAGUCUUGGUGAACAGCAGAGAAUAGGCAUGGCUAGGCUAUUUUUCCGCAGCCCGCCUUGGGCACUGCUGGAUGAGUGCACCAGUGCAGUGGCUCUCGAUGGGGAGGAGAGCAUGUAUCGCCAUCUUAGAGAUGAAUUUCACU